UCCAUACAUACGAGUCAGGCUGUCAGGCACAGCAUAAAGCAGGAACUGUCAGGUUGAAGGGAGAAUAAAUAAAACGUGGUUGAUUUUGGUCGUAUGUAAUAAAAUUAAAUGAUUUAUUUGCGAAGUCUAGAGGAUAAGGCUAAGAGUAAGGCGCACUAAAUUUUGAAGCGUGAAUAAACGACUUUCGGAAAGUGGAGCCUACUUAAUUUGAGAAAACCGCAGUGGAGUUUGAUUACACAAAUUCCCCGGACAAAAUCUUCAAAAUUUAUACGAUGCCCGUGGCAAGAAGUCCGCUCGCGAGCCCGAAUCGCAACGAGGUGGAAAGCAACUGCAUCGCAUGUGAUAGACCCGAUAUGGUGGAUAACAUGGUCCAAUGCGAUGGAUGCGACGACUGGUGGCACUAUUCCUGCGCUGGUGUAACGAAUUCCAUUAACGAAAGAGCUUGGAGCUGUUCUAAAUGUAAUGCACUUACUAAUGCGGCAUCAUCCAGCAGCGUUUCGGGUCGCGCUUCCCAACUGGCAGGCACGAUGAAACGGCUAAUGGAGAGGCAAGAGCUGGAAAAACAGCGCGUCGAAUUAGAGCUUCAAAGGAAGUUUCUGGAUGAGCAACAAAAGCUAUUCAAUGCCACCGUAGAGGAUGAGAUAAAGUCCCAGAAGAGCCGUGUGAGUCGCCGCUCUGCCCAAAAUCGGGUGAACGAAUGGCUGGGUUCAACAGCAGAAGGCGCAGUUGGAGGAAACCUCGUACCACUAGCAGCCAUCCACACCGAACUCGGGCCACCAGGGAGAGUAGCGGACAUAGUAGUGAACCCAUCGAAGCAAUGGCAAGAGGGCCAGAGAAUUCUCAAGGAACAACCAACGUUAGGGAAGCCGCAACAACCGGAGGAGAAGCUAGAUGCUGAUAAACACAAACUAGCUGAGCAGCAAAUAGCUGAUUUACGGGAACAGCUGGAGCAAUGCAAGAAGCUGCUCACUGGACUGCAACUGACAUCUAGUACUCAGGUAAACUCUUCAGGUGCUAUUGCCAAAUCCCGUCCGAAAGCCCCUGAAAUAGAAAACCGUUAUGCCUUUGAAAAUAACUUUAGUUACCAGACCUUUUUAACAAAUCCCCCCACGACCAAUAAUAAUAUGCUUCGUAAUCAGUCUCGUCGCGUGGGGCAGGGUCAUAUAUUCGCACCUGCCGGCACACAUAAUUUGUAUAAAACUGCGAAUCAGCACAAUCAGUCCUUUCUUCCGCCCAAAACACAAGUGAAUUUUCCCCCAACACAGCAUCCAACUCCGCAGCAACUUGCUGCGCGACAGUCCCUGGCUCGUGAUCUCCCAUGCUUUUCCGGAAAUCCGUCGGAGUGGCCAAUGUUCAUCUCCAACUACAAUUACACUACGGAAGCUUGCGGUUAUACAGAUGGUGAGAACAUGAUUCGGCUGCAACGGUGCCUCAAAGGACACGCGCUCGAGACUGUCCGCAGUCGUUUGGUGUUGCCACAGGCGGUGCCACACGUCAUCGAAACGCUUCGCAUGCGGUAUGGGCGAUCAGAGGUGCUGAUAAACUCGCUGCUGCGAGAGGUGCGAUCGAUUCCAGCUCCCAGGUCGGACAAACUAGAAGGAUUAAUUGAAUAUGGGAUGGCGGUGCAAGCAUUGUGUGAUCACAUAGAAGCUGCCAACGAACAAGCGCAUUUGGCGAAUCCUACGCUUUUACAGGAGCUUGUGGGAAAGCUACCGGCAGAUCAAAAACUGUUGUGGGCUGGAUACAAACGUGGCGUAGGGAAUGUGAAUCUGCGAACAUUCUGCGACUAUAUGGCUGACAUCGUUCGCGACGCAUCGAGUGUUAUACUCUACGAACCUGAUGCGGGAAAAACAGUGAGCAGAGACAAGUCGAGAAGCAAAGGGUACGUGAACUUGCACACGGCCGGCAGUAAGGACACAACAUCGCCUGGGUGUCAUUACUGUAGUAAGCAGGGUCACCGUCUUCGUGAGUGCAACGAGUUCAAAGGCCUCAGCGAGGAUGAUCGAUGGCGAAAAGUUCGUGAACUAGGAUUAUGUCAGAUUUGCCUCUUCAGGCAUGGGCGACGAAGCUGUCGUAGCAACAGUCGGUGCACUGUCGAUGGCUGUCAAUAUCGCCACCAUCCUCUCCUACAUUCGACGAGGAAGGCCGGGAGAGUUCCGACGGUGGAACUUGCAGAAAACCACGCUCACCGUUACCUAGAUUCAAGCUCGCUAUUUCGGAUCGUUCCUGUUACAGUUUACGGAAAGUCUAAAGCCAUCGAUGUGUUUGCCUUUUUAGAUGAGGGAUCUACACUGACGCUAAUUGAAGACGAGUUAGCAAUGCAGCUUGAUCUUGAUGGAAGUCCGCAGCCACUUUGCCUUCAUUGGACUGGCGACGUGUCUCGAAGGGAGACGGAUUCGAAAAAGGUUUGCUUCGAGAUCGCAGGAACAGGACACAGCCAAAAGUUCAAAAUAGCAGAAGCACGAACUGUCGAUCGCCUUAACCUGCCCAGCCAGAGUUUCCACCGUGAAGUAGCGGAAAGGAGAUUCAAGUACCUGAAAGGAAUACCACUGCAGAGUUACGCGAGCGUCGUGCCGAAACUUUUAAUUGGAAUCGAUAACCUACGACUAGCCCUGCCUUUGAAGGUGAGGGAAGGAGACGGCACUGGACCGGUUGCAGUAAAAACGAGACUUGGGUGGUGUGUAUACGGUCGCCAGCUGGACGAACCCGACAAGGUCCAUAGUUUUCAUAUAUGUGAAUGUAAUUCUAACGGUGAGUUGCAUGAAGCAAUGAAGCAGUUUUUUGAGUUCGAGCAAGCGAGUGUUAAGGUACCGGAUUCAAUGAUGUCGGAUGAAGAUCAACGCGCACAAUAUCUUUUAGAGACUACAACCAAACGGAUCGGGAACAGAUAUGAGACAGGACUGUUGUGGAAGCAAGAUGAUAUCGUACUUCCAAACAGCUACCCGAUGGCGGUGCGCCGUUUGAAGUGCCUUGAACGACAGAUGGAGCGCAACCCUGUAUUGAAAGAGAAUCUUCAUCGUCAGAUUCGAGAGUAUGGCGAGAAGGGAUAUGCACAUCGAGCGACAGAAGAUGAGUUAUCGAGAGCGGACCCGCACAGAGUAUGGUACCUUCCUCUGGGGGCGGUAACCAAUGCGAAAAAACCCGGAAAGGUUCGUGUUGUCUGGGAUGCUGCAGCCAAGGUAGACGGCGUAUCGCUCAAUUCCGUGCUAUUGAAGGGUCCGGAUAGACUAGCAUCAUUGCCCGGCAUUCUCUACCGUUUCCGAUUGUACCAAGUGGCCGUGAGUGCCGACAUUCAAGAAAUGUUUCACCAAGUGCGCAUACGAGAAGUCGAUAAGCACUCGCAGCGAUUCCUAUGGCGUUUCGAUUCUUCUAAAGAUCCCGUAAUCUACCUUAUGGAUGUUGCUACGUUCGGCUCCACAUGUUCACCGGCCUCAGCUCAAUAUAUAAAGGACCUCAACGCGAAGGAGCACUCCGAGAUGUUUCCGAGAGCAGUGCAGGGUAUUGUCGACAGCCAUUAUGUCGAUGAUUAUCUUGACAGCUUUGGAAGUGAAGAAGAAGCACGGCAGGUAGCAGCAGAAGUUCGACUAGUACAUCGAAAUGGCGGCUUUACGUUGCGUGGAUGGCGAUCAAACAACGAAAAUAUCCUUGAUCAUCUGGGUGAGCCCAGAACCGAGGACGGCAAAACCCUCUGCCUAACCAGGACUGCAGCAACUGAACGCGUACUAGGAAUGCUGUGGAUUCCCCGUACGGAUGAGUUGAGCUUUUCUACACAACUGGGUGAAGAUGUUCUAUCCUUGAUCGCUGGAGAUAUUCGACCAACAAAACGGCAGAUUCUAAGGUGUGUUAUGUCACUUUUCGACCCCUUAGGAUUAUUGGCACCAUUCUUGAUCCACGGCAAGGUGCUUAUACAAAACCUGUGGAGAACUGGCGCGGAUUGGGAUGAUAAAGUCGACGACAAUUCACGUGACUUCUGGCGAAGAUGGACGAAGAUGAUCGAGUUUAUUUCGACCGUGCAUAUCCCACGUUGUUAUUUUCCUGGCGCCACAAAGGAGACGUACGCUGCAACCCAAUUCCAUGUGUUUGUGGAUGCUAGUGAAACCGCUUAUUCCUGUGCUGUGUACUUACGAACGGUAGACUUCGGAGGCAAGGCCCAAUGUGUGCUCGUUGCUGGAAAGGCCAAGGUGGCCCCUGUGAAACCAUUGUCCGUGCCAAGACUGGAGUUGCAGGCAUGCGUGCUUGGAACACGGUUGUUGAAGUUUACUCUGGAGAACCUUCGUAUUCCCAUUUCCAGACGGGUGCUGUGGACUGACUCUACAACUGCGUUGUCCUGGAUUCUAGCGGAUCCACGCAAUUAUCGACCCUUCAUAGCGCAUCGAGUAGGAGAAAUUCUGGAGUCAACUAAAGCUAGCGAGUGGAGGUGGGUCCCGUCGAAGCGAAACCCUGCAGAUGAAGCGACCAAGUGGGGAAGUGGCCCUUAUUUUAGCGAUGAGAGUAACUGGUUUGGAGGACCGAGCUUCUUGCGUCUUUCAGAAGACAACUGGCCGAAGUCAGUGAAACCGUCGGUAGCAACCACUGAGGAAAUGCGUCCUUCGGUAUUUCUUCACGUGGAGGCCGGACCUUUGAUCGAUUACAACCGCUUUUCCCGUUGGGAGAGAUUGCAUCGAACGAUAGCUUACGUGAACCGUUUCUUGAACAACGCCCGAGGCACAGGACGUAAGUAUUCUGGACAACUCGAGCAGGAAGAGUUACUGACUGCCAAGGAAACUAUUUUCAAGCAAGUCCAGUAUGAGGUGUAUACGGAUGAAAUGAUAACGCUGACAAGAAACACAGCUCUACCACUGGAGCAAAGGAAGUCGUUAGAUACCGGUAGUGACCUGUACCAAUACGUGCCGGUGUUGGACGAUCGCGGAUUGCUUCGUCAAUGUAGUCGGGUCAGGAAGGCUAAACAUCUGCCUGUUGAUGCGCGGUACCCUAUAAUAUUGCCAAGGGAUCAUCCUGUAACACUGCUUCUGAUCGACUGGUACCAUCGCGCAUUUCAUCACGCCAAUCAUGAAACGGUGCUCAACGAGAUGCGGCAGGUGUAUAUGAUCUCGAGGCUCCGGACUGUGGUGAGGAAAAUUUCCCGGGCGUGCCAAGUCUGUAAAAUCCGAAGAGCUCACCCCCAAAUACCCCUGAUGGCUCCGUUACCUACAGCCCGGCUUGCUGCCUAUGUUCGUCCCUUCACAUACACAGGACUUGAUUAUUUCGGACCAAUGCUGGUGAGAGUCGGGAGGUCGAGCGUAAAAAGAUGGAUCGCUCUCUUCACCUGUCUCACAAUUCGUGCAGUACAUCUGGAGAUAGCCUACAGCUUAUCCACCGUUUCCUGUAUCUCCUGCGUUCGAAGAUUUGUGUCUCGACGAGGUUCACCGAUUCAAUUUUUCACCGAUAACGGGACCAAUUUCCAGGGAGCGGAGCGCAUUCUACGAGAGCAGAUCAGUCAGGAAGUGUCAGCAACAUUUACUAACGCAUCAACGAAAUGGACGUUUAAUCCGCCAGGGGCUCCUCACAUGGGUGGUGCGUGGGAGCGCUUAGUACGAUCGGUUAAAAACGCGAUGGGGCAUGCGUACUUGGGCAGGAAGUUGGACGAUGAAGGACUGCAUACGAUGGUCGUGGAGGCGGAAUGGCUGGUAAAUUCUAGGCCUCUAACGUACUUGCCGAUUGACUCUGAGGAAUCGGAGGCGCUCACGCCAAAUCACUUUCUGCUCGGAAAUUCGAGCGGGGUCAAGCAGCCGGUAGUGCACGUAGCUUCUCAGACUAGGAUCUUACGGGAUUCAUGGGUUCAAAUCCAACAGAAUCUGGGCGUUUUCUGGAAACGAUGGGUGUCGGAAUAUCUGCCGGUGAUUCGCAGACAGUCAAAAUGGUUCGGUGAAGUAAAGGCUGUUGCCGAAGGAGAUUUGGUGCUGAUCGUCGAAGAAACGAAGCGAAACGGAUGGAUCCGUGGUCGUGUGGUUACCGUUAUGAAGGACAGCGAGGGUAGAGUGCGCCAGGCGAUCGUACAAACGCCGAACGGGCAGCUGCGUCGUCCUGUAUCCAAGUUAGCGUUACUGGAUGUCGAAGGAAGUGAACGUGCAGUCUUGACUGGUGGCAAGAUACACCCGCGGGAGGAUGUUGACGCAGCCGAACGUUCGGCAACCCUGCCGGCAUGACGAUACUCCAUACAUACGAGUCAGGCUGUCAGGCACAGCAUAAAGCAGGAACUGUCAGGUUGAAGGGAGAAUAAAUAAAACGUGGUUGAUUUUGGUCGUAUGUAAUAAAAUUAAAUGAUUUAUUUGCGAAGUCUAGAGGAUAAGGCUAAGAGUAAGGCGCACUAAAUUGUAAGUUUUUUUUCUUAUUAAAUUUAAUGAAUUGUCCUAACUUGAAUUACACCUACAGUUGAAGCGUGAAUAAACGACUUUCGGAAAGUGGAGCCUACUUAAUUUGAGAAAACCG